UACAUGCGUUCUGGCAAGUCGGUCCGGGAUUAGCAUGAUCUUUGCUGUCUGUAAUCAUGUUUAGACGAGAUACAUAUUGUUUGUGUGAAUGAAGAUGAGACAACGACACGAAAGACCUUGAGGUUUUAGACGUAACCAAAACCAAAUUGAGAACUCUCCCAUGGAUAGCAAAGUACUGACACACAAUGUCAGGACUUGCAGUAAAGGGAUCUACAGCGCUGAGGACCAUGGAGAAGUAUGAAAACCUUGGUCUGGUUGGUGAGGGCAGUUAUGGAAUGGUGCUCAAAUGUCGCCACAAGGAGACAGGUCAACUUGUAGCUAUCAAGAAAUUCCUGGAAAGCGAGGAUGACAAAAUGGUCAAGAAGAUUGCUUUACGCGAAGUUAGGAUGCUAAAGCAACUACGACACGAUCAUCUAGUGAACCUUAUAGAAGUGUUCCGGAGAAAAAAGAGACUCUAUCUAGUGUUUGAAUUCGUGGAUCAUACAGUUUUAGACGAACUGGAAAAGUGUCCAAAUGGUCUGGAUGAAAACACAGUGAGAAGAAUACUCUGGCAAGUCCUGAAGGGGAUAGAGUUCUGUCAUUUACACAAUAUCAUUCAUAGAGACAUUAAACCAGAGAACAUUUUAGUCAGUAAAUCUGGAAUUGUCAAGUUGUGUGACUUUGGUUUUGCACGAACAUUAGCACAGCCUGGAGAGACAUACACAGACUAUGUUGCCACACGAUGGUAUCGGGCUCCUGAACUCCUCGUAGGGGACACCAAAUAUGGCAGAGCUGUGGAUGUAUGGGCAAUAGGGUGUUUGUUAGCUGAGAUGUUGACAGGAGAACCACUCUUUCCUGGCGAAUCAGAUAUAGACCAACUUUAUCACAUAGUCAAAUGUUUUGGAAAUUUAACUCAACGCCACAAAGAAGUGUUUCUAAAUAACCCUAUGUUUGUUGGGAUGCGGACGCCUGAAGUUCGAGAAGUAUCUCCUCUAGAAAAGAAAUUUACAAGGAUAUCGUCAUUUUCUCUAGAUGUAAUGAAGCAAUGUCUUCGACUAGACCCAGAUGAUCGGCCAAACUGUUCACUGUUGCUGAAGCAUGAGUUUUUCAAUAAGGAUGGAUUUUGUGCUCGUUUUUCUCAGGAUUUGAAACAGAGAAUACAACGUGAAAAUAACAACAAUCCACUUAUCAAAUCUCAGUCAAAUGAAAAGGACGAUGACAACAAAGAUGAUUCCAAGACAUCAAAUUCCAAGAAAAAGAAAAAGGCAGGGCAAUCUGACAACAAAGACUCAAAAGAUAGCAAGGGCUCAAAGCAAGAUAGUGAUCAGAAGAAAAAAGUGUCAGAUGCUGAGAAAAAUAACAAAAAAUCUACUUCAAACUAUGUCAAUGGUACUGUGAACAAUGUGAGUCACUCCAAAUCUGGGGAGGCUAAUGACCAUACAGACUCAAAGGUAGAUAGAAAGUCUGACAAACGGACAGACAAAGAAAAUGUGAAACAUGACCGAGAGUCAAAGACGGAAAAACACGAAAAAGACAAAAGUGAAAAGGAUAAGUAUGAAAAAGACCGCCAUGAUAAAGAAAGUAAACAUGAAAAGGACAAAUAUGAUAGUAAAGAUAAACAUGAUAAGGAAAAACAAGAAAAACAUGAUUUGAAGGAGAAACAUGAAAAGCAUGAUAAAGACCGUCAUGAGAAGGAUAGAGAGAGGGACGGAGAUAAUCAUCUGAAGGAAACGUCGGGAAUGAUUCCUCCCAUCAACAGCACGGGUCAAACCAUUCAUCUGUCUACCCCACAAUCCAUGCCCUCUAUUGGAAGACAGUUGCUAGUCAUAAGCUCACAAUGUCUUAGCUUGGUCAGUCCAAAUAUGGCCAAUGUUUCAACAGUAAACAAUGUGCAUAUAUCAAGUCCGUUGGGUAAUGCCCCUUAUACGGGGCCUGCUCCUCUGAGAUCUCAAGAUCCUUUCCGACACGGAGUAGCCCCCGUGCGACAUGACAUACCUAGGGAUAGAGAUUUGUCACAAGCUUGGGUAAGUGACAAAGUUAUAAAGAAAACAUCAAGUAACUUCACGAAGAAGACUUUGCUGACCAAUCACCAUAGCAACACCAUCAGUCCCCAGCCUCUCCAGUCGGAGAAGAGUUUCCUACACGAUAAGUCCCUGACACGUGUCAAGGCCCAUAGUCCGGAUAAGAAGGAAAAGGAAAGUCUUAGUUUACCGGAACUGAAAGGUGCUGAAGCUCACCCAUCCAAGAUGAAGCUGAAACAGCGUUCAACAGUGGCCACUAUACCACACAUCACUAACCUGGAUCCUUUUAACGCUAAUACGUCGGGUCAGAGCGAUGACAGAGACGGAAACUUGCCAGCCGUAUGACAAUUAACCAUGUAUGGAAAUAUUUAAACAUGAAUUUAAAACUGGAAAAAGCUAGAGGUGGAUGAUGACUAAGGGAACAGUUGGCAUAGCAACCGGAAAGUGUGUGGGGAAUUAGCACUGGAGGAAAAUCACUUCUGUACAUCACAUUAAAUGUUCAUGGAAUAGACAUGAGGUGUCAGUGAAUGUUCGUAAAAACAAAAAAGGAGUGAUUUGGUUUUCAUGGAAUUCAUUUCUGAUGAAGAUAUGACAAUCAGUAGCAUAUCCCAAGGACGUGAAACUCUUUGCCAAGUUGUAACAGAUCACCACAGAAAGAUCUGGAGAUUGUCCUGAUGGUUUAAUUGUGUUGGUUAUGUGUCCAUAGAUAUUGUUUCACUUGACUGUCCUGUCCGAUCCAUUGUAAUGCAAUUGUUGUCAAAAAGAAAUCAAACAGUAAAUUGUUGUAUUAUGUUAUUGUUGAAGCCAUCAUAAUUAAGCCUAAACAGAUGGAGUCAUUUUUCGAAGCGUAUACUCUUGUGAUGAAAACAAAUCUAUGGGGAUAUUUAUCUGAGUGAUUGGAAAUGUUCUUGAAUUGUGUUUUGUCCCUCAGUUCUGCCUCUGUUACGUUUUAUUAUCGUGUUUAUAGAUUUCCAUACAUCUGUUGGGCAGCAUGGUGCAGUGGUUAGUGCCCCGGAUGCCUGGUGAAGGGGUUAGAAGUUUUUUCUGACGCUGCAUACAUUGGUGUCCACCAGAUCUUUUAAUACAGUAUUAUUUGGUCUAGUCUACGUAGCUGUAGAAACUGAUCAUUGACGUGUACAUUAGGGGAAGAUGUCGUUUCAUGGGAACAUUAAAUUAGACACACUUCAUAGUUGUGUUUCUUAAUUAAUAAGGACCUAAAAUUAGUUCACUCUAGUCUGUCAAAUUGUGUAAAUGGAAUGAACUAACUCCAACUCCCAAAAAUAGGAAAUAAUCCUAAAACCGAAAUUCUCACCAAGGGAAGUAACUAUUCUCAUCAAGGGAAGUAACUCAGAAUCAUCUCCUUUCCAGCUAAUGGUUUGACUGUGUGGUUGGUAUGUAAGAAUUAAGAUAAAUCUUUUAAUGAAUAAAACAUUAUUCAUCUUUAUAACAUAUACCACAUUGACAAUUUUCUCAGAUUUCACAGCGUCAAUUUACAGAUUGUUAAGAUAUUGCUCAAUUCCCCUUCACAGUAAACUAGAAAUUAAUUCAUAUUUAAUUGAAAAAUUCAGUAUAUUUUCUUCUCAUUUUAAUGUGAUUACCUAAUACUUAUUAAUUAUCCUAAUUACAUAUUUCAAAGAGGAUGCAUUUUCUCAAUCUGAAUUUUGUGUGAGAUGUAAAACAUGUAUCAUCCGAUCAGUCUUAAUAAAACUUUGUGUGAUGAAAUAUCUUCUAAAAAUAUAAUAAAUAUAAUAAUAAAUAGACAAUUUAAAGAUUUAUUUAUAGAUGAAAUGGGUAAUUCGCUUUAUUUUGUGUCUUAAAAAGAUGAUAAAAUUCAUGAAAUUCAUCAAGGAUUUUUUUUAAGUAUUUAUUCCUCAUUUUGAAGAAUCACUUCAAUGCUCUUAUCAUUUGUUCAACUUUCUGUUAAAUUUUUAACUUAUUUUGAAUUUAGUCUAACAAGCAUUUUAGAUAAUAUAUUGAGUAUUGUUUACUUGUUUAUAUAUUUCUCUCAAAUUCUUGUUUUUCAACAUUUCUAGUCUAGUGUCAUCCAGUUUGAAGUCGUACUUGUUUUAGGAAACUGAGAAAUCCUUUUUUGCAUUGCUUGGACGUUUGACAGUAGGAUAGCGGAUCCAUAAAAAUAACCCCUAAUAAUAUCUUUUAAAGAAAAAGAAUGCUAUUAUUUAUUACAAAUCACUGACUCUUAGUUUGAAAACAAUUGUCUGCAAGAAUGAUAUGAUGUUACCAUUACAUGGUUUAGAGAUUGUUUGAGUAGAUCUUUUUAAAAAAAUGAAUUUAGAUUUUAAAUUCUUUGAAGGUGUUAAUAUGUGCUAGAUAUUUAUUCUGUUAAUAUUAAACUCAUUAUAUGUAAUGUAUGUAGCAGAAUAUUUCUGUUGAUAAAGAAAUCUUUGUUUCUUAAUUUUAUUUACAACAUUUUCCAGUGAAAUAGAGUUAAUUUUAUUUUAAGAAAUAAUAUCUUCAUUGUUUUGGGUCAUUAAAGCCUGGGGCAAUGUUUUGUUAUUUUUUUUAAAAUUAUUUGUUUUCUGUUUUUUCCCCCGCUACAAUCUAGUUGCAUGAUUGGACACAUAAAUCUCUCAGAUAGGCAUUUGAAUACAUCUUUACUAAACUUUGUUUAGCAUUAUACUUUUUGAAGUUUUUUCAUUUGUAAUAUAUUUUCGAUUUAAUAACCACUUUCUUCAUUACCAAUGCAUUUUUAAAUGGCAUUGAAUUAUUUUGAAAAAAAAAAUCAAAACUUUUUCUGGUAUUCAUUUUUAAGCGUGAUCACAUUGUCAUAUAUAUAGAUAAAGAGAAUACUGAAGUAAUACAGUGCUUUUAGAUAUCAAUCAGAGAACAUUAGCAUUUCUUUAUUUCAUUUUGUGUGUGGAAAACAUGAUAUUAAUUAUAAGGUGUGCGAUAAGAUCAUUCUUGAGUAUAUUGUUAUUUGAGAGUUUUCUGUCUAGUACAUGGUGAGUUUGUUUGUCAAUAUUUUCCUGCAAUAUGUUAAUUUCAUUCAUAUCUAAAUUAUAUUUUUGUGUUAAAUAUACUUACUAGCAUAGUCAUUUGUGUGACGUAUAGAUAUAUUCUUGACUUUAUUGUCAAACAAUAUUGAAAUCAAAUAGGAACAAAUGAAUAUAAUAUUCAUUCAAAUAGUUUGCAAUCUCCUAGUCGUGUAGAAUGUGAUUAUUUCCAACGUAAGAUGAGCACAAUUGGGGUUUGAAAUGUUACAUUAUGGAAAUCACUCAAAAUCAGUCAUUGAUAAUGUAAACUAUAUACACACGUAUAUCUAUAUUUUUUUUAUGUUUCACAGAGGCAAGACUGGUAGGAUGAAAUGAUGGUCAUUUAUAAUGUACUAGGAAUUGUAAGAAUGAUAGUUUGCAUUUUUUGUUGAAGAAUGAUAUAUUCUCAAAAGAUUUGAAAACCAUUUGAUCUAGCCAUUUGCAUCAGUCAAGAUCUAGCAGUUUUACUUCGGGAUGAGUUAGCUCCCCUUUUUCAAAAUCAUUCAUUAAACAUAACAAAAUUUUCAUUUAUGCAAAUGAAAGUAUUUAUAAGCUGAUGAUACAGGCCGUGAAAGGCUCUUUCAAGACUUACAACAAAGUAAAACAAGAUCACUUGUCAAUCCUUAUUUUAUAAACGAACAAACUUGGGCCAAAUGGGUCAAAUUGUUUGGACUGUGAUAAACAAAAGAGGCCUAUCUCAAUGAAGAGUUUCAAAGUCCAGGUCUUUUCUGGAUUAUAAUAUAAUGCUGAUGUAUUCUGUUAGAUAUCCCCAUGCAGCAAAACAUACAGAAAUAUUUUAGAUACCUCUCUGCUGUAAACAUACUGAAAUAUUUCAGAUAUUUCCUGCUGUAAACAUACUGAAAUAUUUCAGAUAUUUCCUGCUGUAAACAUACUGAAAUAUUUCAGAUAUUUCCUGCUGUAAACAUACUUAAAUAUUUCAGAUAUUUCCUGCUGUAAACAUACUGAAAUAUUUUAGGUAUUCCCUGCUGUAAACGUACUGAAAUAUUUUAGAUAUUCCCUGCUGUAAACAUACUGAAAUAUUUCCCUGCUGUAAACAUACUGAAAUAAUUCAGAUAUUCCCUGCUGUAAACAUACUGAAAUAUUUUAGAUAUUCCCUGCUGUAAACAUGCUGAAAUAUUUUAUGUAUUCCCUACUGUAAACAUACUGAAAUAUUUUAGGUAUUCCUUGCUGUAAUCGUACUGAAAUAUUUUAGAUAUUCCCUGCUGUAAACAUACUGAAAUAUUUCCCUGCUGUAAACAUACUGAAAUAUUUCAGAUAUUCCCUGCUGUAAACAUACUGAAAUAUUUUAGAUAUUCCCUGCUGUAAACAUGCUGAAAUAUUUUAUGUAUACCCUGCUGUAAACAUACUGAAAUAUUUCAGAUAUUCCCUGCUGUAAACAUACUGAAAUAUUUCAGAUAUUCCCUGCUGUAAACAUACAGAAAUAUUUUAGGUACAUUUAUAUUCCCUCCUGUAAACAUAGAUAUAUUUCAGAUAUUCCCUGCUGUAAACAUACAGAAAUAUUUUAGGUAUUCCCUGCUGUAAACAUAGAUAUAUUUCAGAUAUUCCCUGCUGUAAACAUACAGAUAUAUUUCAGAUAUUCCCUGCUGUAAACAUAGAUAUAUUUCAGAUAUUCCCUGCUGUAAACAUAGAUAUAUUUCAGAUAUUCCCUGCUGUAAACAUACAGAAAUAAUUUCUACAGUUGAGUGUGAUGGGUGUGUUCAUUGUUAGAAUGAAUUGGAAGUAUUGUGUGUGACAGUCAUUGGCGAAAGCUAUGAAAAAAUUAACUGAGUGCAAUGUAGUGUAUGUACAUGUUAUGUAUUACAUAUCUGUAAUCAAAUUAUUAUGAAAAUAUGAAAUACUAUUUCUUUUGCAAAAGACCAAUACAUUGUACAUUUUUUCUUUCUUUUUUUUUUUGAAUUCAUAAAUGCUCCUUUUUUUCUCUUUUUUAUUAAAGUGCAUAAUCUGACCAUAUCGUAAUAUAUAAUUAUCGGUUUAUGAUUACCUUAAUAAGGACUUUGUUGUGACAUAUUUAUUUUAUUUGAAGUCCUCAAAUAUAUUUUGUGUGUAAGUCUGUGUUUUAUCAUUGUUGCUAUAACUGUAAUAUAACCGUGCCAAUGUUUAUAUCAUAUUUUAAUAUAUAUCAGAAAAUGUUGUCUACAGACUGUCCAUUCUAAUCACAAGGUCGCUGCUGCAGAUGACAGGGAUUUGUUGGCAUUUUUAUUUUUGUUUCAUUGUUAUGUUAAAUUUUUGUCUUGAAACUGUAUUCACAGGUGGGUGCUUGUAAAACUCAAUAAACACAAUUUUCAGGAUAAA